AUGAGGAAAAGCAUAGAUGGAACGACUCUUUUACAAUCAGAGGUGAGUGAUGCAUGUGAGAAAAUGAACAAAGAAAUAGGACCAAAUGGAAUCAAAUUUGAAAUAAUACAAGCUUUAGGCAAGUUCUACAUCCAAAACCAAAUCGAGGUGAUAAAUCAAAGAUAUGAGAAUGGCGAAAUUCCAGAAGAUCUAAGUAGAUCAAUUGUCAUUGCACUCCCAAAGAAACCUUUUAUCGAGGAAUUACAGAAUCCACAGAAGUGCAAGUUGAAGCAAGCACUGAUUUGCAAUCUAACCAAUCUCUUCGGUUUUGCUUCUGGUAUUCAUGAUGUCCUGUGGUGUUUUGUGAAGGCCUAUCACACAAAUCGAACUCUGGUUCUUAUUUCCAAACAGUGGCACUAUGCUCCUGACCAGUGGAAUUCUGUAUUCCUUCCUUUAAGCCCCACCUGUGACGAGCUUAAGAAAACGAAAAAGAAAAGUAAUUUUCCCGGAAACAAUGAGGAGUACAUGCUGCAUGUUGAUGACUUUUAUAGACGUUUGGGGCUUGUGAAAAACGUGAACGUUCGUCGAGUGUUUGUUGCAACGGAUGAUCCUAAAGUACUGAUCGAGUGCAAAAAGAAAUAUCCCAAUUACGUAUUCGUGUUCAACUCAGACGAAAAAACUCGAUAUAGUAAUUCUUCUCUAGUAGGAGUAGUAACGGAUGUGUUUCUUCUGGCUCAUUCAAACUUUCUUGGCUGUACUCUCUCCUCAGGGGUACGUGUGUGUAGUGUAUAAUGACUCAUAUAUCUCCCUCCAAAUUAUUCACAUUUAAUUUUCUCUACUCCUUUUUACCAUAAGUAUAUUACUUAUUAUAGAUUGAUCUGUUUCUUAUUAUUCAGUGGUAAAUAUAUGUAAAAGUUAUUGGUAAUUUGAAAUUAUCUUUAAGUAUGUCAUUUAAAGUGACGCGUAUAAUGACAAAAUAAACAUAAAUGAGUUAUUACCAUAGAUACUAAAUUGUUAUAUGGAUACUAUCAGAUGUAUUGGAACACAUUUUAUUCAUAAACAUUUCAACACAUUCUAGACUGGCGUUUAUGGCACUUGAUUGACAGAUCUUUCUGAAAAUCUUUCUUCGUUAAAUUUGUUUUUCGGUAGUCUAAAAAAUCUCGCUUAAAAGAUUUUUUGCAGCCUAGCUUAUUUAAACGUGAAAAUUCAAGGGGAAUUGUAAAGUAUUGCGCAUUAGUCAUUCCUAAUUUCUUUUCUUUUCGUUA